AUGAUCUUACUUAGUACUUUUAAAGUUAAUUUCAGAAAAAAUUUGACACAAUGGUAUCCGGCACAUACAAGUGGUGUACAACCAAAUCUUCGACUCGAUGAACUUGUCAUCGAGUUAUAUUCCAGUGUUGUUCCUUCAUUCCUGAUUAAGUUGCAAAUUAAAGGUCUGGAUUCAGAGAGAAGUGUUAAAGUUAUCAAAAAAGUCACAAGAGAUUUCGAAGAAAUGACACAAUUUAAAAAAGUCGAAUGCAUCAGUAUGCUUGAAGCUGUUCAGAAAGGUCUGAAAAAUGAUACACUUGAUCCCAACAUUGUUUACUCAACAUUAAAAAUAUUAUUGCAAAGAAAACAUUUGAUUUAA